AGAUUAUUGUCAAUCUGCACCGCGGUGCAGCAGUGAGCGAAAGAGAGUAACCGCGUUCAUUUCGACAGAAUAGCGCAUCAAGCGUGACGGCUGCGACUCCGCAACGAACCAGCCAGUCGCUUCCGAAUCGCGAACGAGAGAAGACGCUUGUUUCAGCUGCCGUAGUCCGUGCUCGUGUCCGGGUGUCAAAAUACGCUCCACAAAAACAGUGUAGAAUGGUCGGUUUCCUCUCGUCGUAGGGGCAGAAACGAAGGCAACAAAAAAUCGACCGUCUGUUAUUAUUGUGAUGUGCAUGGUUGUUGAUGCCGCGUUCGCCAGAUAGAAGGCGAGGAAUAAAAGCAUUAUAAAAUUAGUCAGAAGAAAAGGAAGAGCGGAGAAAUAAAGUCGAGCCGUCAGGGCGGUCCACAAGGCAGCUCAGUGUUGUGCACUGAAGGGAAGAAAAUAGCUGUAUAAAACAAUCUUAUGUGCUAAUGUGUUUUCCAUCGGCUUAGUCCCGCACUAUGGUGAAGAGUGUAUUUUUUGUUGAUGGUAGUGUGUGCUUAUUUAUAAACGGAUAUCACCACUGAGGGGAGCCCCUGCGUGGAGCUCAUGCCAAGAGAAGAUUCGACCGUUUGAGUGGAAGAAAAAACGUGAAACAGCGAAGAAUUCGUUCGAACAACAGCCAUCAGUUUCAGCAUUUAAAGGUUUCUCCGGCGGAAUUGAACACCCGCGUUUUCUGCAUAGAAGAGCAGAUCGAGUGAGUUGGGUUCGUGUGCUUCUCGGAAGGAAUUGUGAAGCGAAGAGCAAAGCAAAACAAGUGACCGACUCACGAUCUUUGCAUCCGACAGUGUUUGUGUGCACGAGAUGAGUGAAUAAAACAGAUAAUUUUGUAUAUUUUAUGCUCUGAUCGAAACUAGAACAGCACUUCUCAUAUAAAACAUCCGUGCCGGGGUGGUGUGAAUUCCGGUUUCGAAGAGUCUGUGGGAAAAGUGAAAAUGCCAGUUGAUGACUUCGGCGAAGCAGUGAAUGAAAAUUUGUGUUUCAAAUCGAAGUAAAUUCGCUAUUCAGAUUUCAAUUGGCGGACGCAACCGCACGGCAGAAAAUCAUCAACCUGGCUUCGGUACAGGGCAACGGUGCAGUUUUUAUUCUACUUGGAUGUGGAAUCGUGCUUCUGGGUUGCUGUACGUUAGUGACUGCGGGUCGUAACAACUUCCUUCGACACGAUGAUGCCUUGCCGAAGGGGUGCACCUGGACCGGUGCGGUACUGGAAGUUUCGCAGGAGAAAAGAUCCGACGAGUUGCAGUGCAAAAUCAAAACCAUAACCAAGACCGAGAGUCUGCUAGCUAAUAUAAGUAGUUAUCAAAUUGAUAGGAUAAAAUCGCUCAAAUUAGAGUGUAACGACAUAAUGUUCUUCGAAAGUUCCUUAGAAUCGACAACUACGCCCGGAAACUUCCUGGGAAAUCUGAACAGCUUGCUGAAACUGUCGAUCGAGUACUGCAAAAUAAAAUACAUCCCAGCGACGGCAUUCUCAAACAUGAAAGUACUGAAGAGUUUAUCGUUAAGCACCCACAACAUUGAUUGGUCUGUUAUGAACCUCGAACUACAUCCAGAAAGUUUUCGGGGAUUAACUGAGCUUAAAGAGAUGCACCUGGCGGAUAACAACAUCUGGAGUCUACCAAACGAGGUAUUUUGCCCCCUUUACACAUUGAGAGUAUUGAACCUGACCGGAAACAGACUAAGCGAUAUUUCACAGCUGUCAUUGUCCGAUUGGGGUAAAGGACCAAUAGCCCCUGGAAAAGCUUGUAAUACAGGUCUUGAGGUGCUAGAUUUGUCAGGAAAUGAUAUUACGCUUAUGCCCGACAACGGUCUUUCAGCUCUAAGAUCACUUAACGCACUCUAUUUACAAGAGAACCUUCUCAAAGAAAUAGCCGACCGGGCGUUUGUAGGACUGGGCACACUUGAGAUUCUCAACCUAUCCAACAACAAGCUUACCGCUCUUACGCCCGAACUGUUUCAAUCAUCCCGCAAGAUUCGACAAGUGAAUCUUCAGAACAAUUCCCUAUCGGUGCUGGCACCCGGUGUAUUUGAAGGGUUGGACCGGCUCGAAAUGCUGGACCUGUCGCGGAAUCAGCUGACCUCGACGUGGGUCAAGCGGGAUACAUUUGCUGGUCAGGUGCGUCUCGUAGUGCUGAAUGUCGGCUACAAUCAUCUCACCAAAGUGGACCAACACGUGUUCAAGGGGCUGUACAGUUUGCAAAUUCUCAACUUGGAGCACAACGCCAUAGAGCUGAUUGCCGACGGUGCGUUUAGUGAUCUGAAAAAUUUGCAUGCGCUCUUCCUGUCACACAACCGGUUGCGACAAAUCGAACCGUACCAUUUCAGUGAGCUGUACGUUCUGAACCAGCUGAUAUUGGAGUCGAACCAGAUUGCGUAUAUUCACGAGCGUGCCUUUGAGAAUUUGACCCAUCUGCAUGAUUUGAGUCUGAACGAUAACCGACUGGAAGAGAUACCGUCCGGAAUGAAAAGCUUAAAAUUUCUGCAGUCGUUGGAUUUGGGCAAGAAUCAGAUAUCGGAGAUUAAUAAUUCAUCCUUCGAGGGACUGGAAGAGCUGAUCGGGCUGCGGCUGGUGGAUAAUCAGAUAACGGAAAUUUCGAGGGACACGUUCUUUGCACUGUCAACGAUCCACUUGCUAAAUCUGGCCAGCAAUCGGAUACGGCACGUGGACCAGUCGGCUUUCAGCUCAAAUCCAACGCUCAGAGCCAUCAGGCUGGAUAAUAAUGAGCUGGAGGAUGUGGCAGGGGUGUUCACCUCACUCACGUCGCUUGUCUAUUUGAAUAUCUCCGACAAUAACAUCGGUUGGUUCGACUAUUCACACUAUCCGCAGUCCCUGGAAUGGUUGGACAUUCACAAGAAUAAUAUCUCCGAGCUGGGCAAUCGGUACGAUGUGGGAAAUUGGUUUCAGUUGAAAAUGUUGGACGUAUCACACAACCGUAUCAAAUACAUCAACUCAAGCUCGUUUCCGAAAAAUAUCGAAACCUUGCUGCUGAACAAUAACCAAAUUGAGGAGAUUGCCCCGGAGACAUUCACUAGCAAGGAGAGCCUUGUGAAGGUAGUUCUCUAUGGGAAUCACUUGCGUCGACUGGAAAUGCCAUCACUAGCCCUGACACUGGUGCCGGAUACACGAACUAUGCCAGAGUUUUAUAUAGGCGAUAAUUUAAUCCAUUGCGAUUGUAGCAUGGAAUGGUUACAGCGCAUCAACGAGCUGAGUUAUCUCCGUCAGUACCCGCAGGUGAAGGAUCUCGACUCGGUUAUGUGCACAAUGGAGCACGAGCGUGGUGAGCUGGUCCGGCCCCUGAUGGAAAUGAAGGCCAGUGAGUUUCUAUGUAAAUAUGAGAGCCAUUGUUUCGCAACGUGUCAUUGCUGCGAUUUUGACGCGUGUGAUUGCAAAAUGACGUGCCCGGACCGGUGCAAUUGCUAUCACGACACGGCAUGGGAGUCCAACAUUGUGGACUGCGGCAGCGUGGGACUCAAUUCCAUUCCGGUGAAAAUUCCAAUGGAUGCCACCGACAUCUAUUUGGAUGGGAACAAUUUUGGCCAACUGGAAAGUCACGUUUUCAUCGGCAAGAAAAAGCUCAAGUCGCUGUAUCUCAACAAUAGCCACAUCGACGGGCUGAACAAUAAAACGUUUGGCGGAAUUCCGGCACUCAGCGUACUGCACCUGGAGCACAACGGGCUGGAGAGUAUCAGCGGAGCUGAAUUCGAGCAGUUGCGUGAAUUGAAGGAGCUGUUCCUGGAUCACAAUGCCAUCAGUGCCAUCGGAAACAAAUCGUUCUAUUAUCAGAAAUCAUUGGAAGUGCUUACGAUAAAUGACAAUAAAAUCAGUGAGUUAAAACCCUGGGAAUUGAUGCCACUGGGCGGUAGGUUCCGGCUAAUAUCGCUAAGUGGUAAUAAACUGGCCUGUGCUUGUGAAUCGAUGACUAAGCUGGUGGACUGGGCCGAGCGACAGUUUAACGAAACCGACGGACUAAGUGAAUUUCAGUGUUCGAAUAAUAAAUUACUGAAGGACGCGGUUAAGGAGUGUGAGAGCCACAAGAGUGCUCCGAUUGCGACACCAACCGUGCAGCGAACGAUUAUCGAUAAUGAUUUUAUAGACUAUUUGCCACUGCUGGUUGCCGUGCUAGCUGGACUAGUGCUGACGAUUCUCCUGGUGACGCUGGUGUUUAUCUUCCGAAACGAUGUCUGUCUGUGGGCGCAUUCUAGGUACGGAGUGCGAAUUUGCAAGGAUCCGCUAAAUGCGAUGGAACGGUGCGAGGAUAGCGAGAAGCUUUACGAUGGAUAUCUUGUUUAUAGUGCUGCCGAUGCCGAUAUGGUUACUAGUCAAAUUGCACUAGAAUUGGAGCAUAAUGGUUACACACUUUGCCUGCACUAUCGCGACAUACACUCGGCAUCUUUCCUGGCGGAUUCACUGCAGGGUGCGGCCGAUGCAUCUCGAAAGUUAAUUCUGUUUAUUAGUGUGAAAUUUAUGCAAUUGGAAUGGUCCCAACCAGAGUUCCGGGCUGGAUUGCAAGCCGUGUUAGAGCUAAUCCGGCCAUCCCGGCGGAAACAGAAGCUUAUCCUCAUUACUUCGGUGCCACAGUCGAUGCUCACGAUGGAUCCCAUUAUGGAUAUCCUCACGCGAACCUGCACCGUUAUCUCGUGGGACGAUCGUCGCUUCUGGGACAAGCUCCGCUUUGCCAUGCCGGACAUUGGCAAAAAUUCCCCUGUAAAUAAAGCCCCACAUCGCAAAGCCAUCAACAUCCGGUAUACUCCUGCUCCAACGAAUCCUACUGCGCCGACGGCUACCUGGCCGAAGCGCCUCAACUCCGAAGUAUGCGUACAGUAUCCACCGCAGUCAACUCAUUCCCCCAACCACAGUACUUACAACACCGAGGAUGAACUUUCGACUGCUUCCUCGCCACAGUACGAAGCACCGACGCUUCACCACGCAGUUGGAGGAGGUCACGCGAUGGUUCCCUUCCACCAUCACCAUCAUCCUCAUGCCCCAUCGGCGCCAUCACACCACAUUCCACUGCAGCAGCAACAGCAGCAGACUAGCCAUUCGCCGCACCUGCAAACCUAUCCUCAUCAUCCCCAGCACCAACACCAACAACAACUACAGCAACAGCAGCUCCAUCAACUGAACCUUCAGCAGGGCAACGCCUCACCGGGCAUGGGGGCUCCCGUGGGCUACUACCGCACCAGUAAGUCCAACAAUACCAACACCCUAGGCCACGUGUACUCCACCAUUCCGGAGUCGCAAUACAACACCCAUCACUCCAAUCGCAGCGAUAGCAAUCGACCGUACUUUGUGUAAUAUUUACUCUACUUUUAGCUCUUUUUUCAAAUCUACCACCCCCUUCUACAUCAUUCUACAUACACCUCCCCCCCCCCCCCCCUCUCCAACCCAACCCAUGUGUACCUACUUCAUUACCCAUUUCACUCGUACUCGCUUCGAUAGUCCUACUAUUAAAAAAAGCAAAAUAUUGUGUAUAAAGAAUUGUUUACUACACUACUCUGUGAACUACUCGUAGGUUAGGUCAAAACGAAAAAAGACUUAUUUGAUUAGAAAUCUCCCUCUCCAUACUGAUGAAGCAUAAUCAAAGACCCUCAACAACACUCUUUCUGUGCGAGUGGGCAAGCGGUUUGGAUGCCAAUACAUUUUCCCUAUCCCCCCUUUUUUUUCGUUCAAAAAACAUAAACUCAUCACGGAAAGCACUGCGACGAGAGCUCGCGAAGCAUCUCGCGGCGCGCCACCAUAAUCGGACUGUUUGUUGUGUUGAUUUGUUUUAAUUGAAAGUGCCCGCCCUGCGCGCGCUCUGGGCCCUGGGCCCUGGGCUCUCCGUUCGAUCGGGAGACUUUGCGCGUUGUUGCGGGAACAAAGGCAAACAUUAUCUUUCGAUGGCCUCUCGGCGGCACGGAAAAUCAAAAUAUACCACACUGAUUGAUGUGCGCGAGUCAAUAGGGUACCCUUGAUCGGGGGCAGUUGAUCAACCGGGGUGGAACUUAUUCACUUGGUAACAAAUGCUUUGUCCAUGAUUAAUAAACUCCCGAGUAACUUAACACUUUGGUACCCAUGCUACAAUAAGCACUUUGAAGAUCCACAAAGUUUACGUUCCCCACCGAAAUUAUUCAGAACUUCACACAGAACUCAAAUAAGAUUCAUUGUUAGCCUACUAAGCAGCUUGAAAGCUGCUUAAGAUGCUACUCGGAACUUGAGCGGAUGCCAUUUUAGUAUACAAACUUAGAAGAAAAGUUUUGUUUCAACGAAAGCAAUUUUAAAUAACACUCUGUAGAUGCACGCUAGUUCAGAGCAGAUAUCUCAUUAGUUCCUUGUGUAAGUGUAGCAGAUCUGGUAGUUCUGGAGUAGCAGCAACUACGGACAAUGAAGCUCAAGCUCUUUCCCAGUAAUGAUCUGCGAAGUAUCCAAGCCUGUUUAGCCGUGUCUGUUCCUCCGCGGAACAAACUAGUCCAAAGCGACCAACUUCUCACCGCUUAACGGUAUGCAUACUACUGCUUACUGAUUAACCGAGUGGAAUGCCGAGGCUGUUGAAAUCACCCCAAGAGGACGUUCAAUUGAUUCGGAUGGGCGGCUUUUUCCUGUUUUGUUUCGUUAUUGCCCAGUGUAGUUUCAAACUGGAACACGCAGUGCGGCAUGCAUCCAUCGUUGUCCUACAACGGUUCUGCUGACAGGUUACAAUUCUUCGGUACUUGCGUGAUGCCUUCAGAUGAUGAGUUAUUGAGAAACAAAUCGACGGAAUGGUACGUACGCAGCAGAGGCGCGUUUUCGAUCGACACCUGAUAAGAUCUUGUGGGCUCCAUGCGGGUACUGUCCCAAAUGAAGAGAUACAUUUAGAUAAGGUGGGGGAAAUUGUUUAUGUGGCAUUGCAAUGUCAUGUCCAGUCUCUAAUGCAGUGACUGUGUAGUGUAAUUUGAUAAUGUUGCGAUAGGGCAUCGCUGGUGACAGUUGAUGAAUUGGUCAUUGUUGAUUGUGGGGAAGAUUAUGACAUGUGAGAGGUGUGAUUUUAAAUGAUUGUCUUCUUGGUGGGUUCCAUGAACAUCAUUUGAACACGAAGAUGCAAAAUCUGUACAUGUGUUUGGGAUUUAGUUUUGAACAUUGUGUGAUUGAGAGAUCAGGAAGCAAUCGAACUAUACUUAGCUAGCAAUAUUGAUUUCAUCUUGUAUAGCUCCCUCGUUUGUACUGUUAGACAGUACUAAGCGAACUCAUGAUGCUUCUUAGCACCCGACCCAUCUGAAUAGAGUUCUUGCAAGCAGAUAUGUCCUGCGUACUGGAGUAUUACGUAAGAAAAGCACAAUACCCACACAACCUCAAGAACAGGUAUCACACGCUUAAGCUUAUGACUCCGAACCAUAGUUCUUUUUAACAAUUCUUGUGCAUAAGGAUCAUUUUGACCCCAACCACACGCGCACUAUGUCAGCGACCUGUUUCCAUUAAGUUUUGCAUUAGGCUUUAAGGAACUGGUCUUUGUCGCCAACAGAAGUGUGAAUAAAUGAGUCAACGGCCUUUCUAUUCUACAUAUCGUAUAUUAUAGAUCGUUGCGUUCUUUGCAUGAGGAUAGGUGAACCUUCAAUUAAUACAAUUAGUAUUACCAAUCAAGGAUAAUAGUUUAUAGACUUUGUCGCAGUUCUUUUCUAGAGUCUUUCCUUUUUGCUGAUUGCACAUUAGUUGGUAUUCUACACACGUUUUUCGCCAUGAAAAGAUGUGAAAUUGUCUAAAUUAGUUUCCAAUUCAUGUUAACAUUUGACGAGACGAAAUAAGUCUGCCAACCAAUUUUGGGAUUAGCAAUCUACCGGAUCCGUGGGCUUACUAGUGCAGAGGAUUAUUAAAUCCUAAUUAUUUCCCAGUACUGCCGAGUACAUUCGCGAUUCGUUUGGAAGAGGCCAGAAGUUUCGUCUUAUCUCUUUUUCAGUACAGUUGCUACAUACAAAAAACGGUCAACUUUAAAUCCAGUUUUAUAUCAACAGAUGAACCACUCCUCAAGAAGUCCCAGUUUAUUGAACAGGACGACUCUCGACAAUAACUUGUACGUCGAAUUAACCCUAAAAGGGAUACCUUCAUGGCCUCAGUUUCGUCACCUCGCUGAGUGUGUUCCAUCAAAGACGAGCUCUGAAAGGCGCCUGGGGUCCAAUGGACCCCAGGUAUCCCUUUUAGGGUUAAGAAGGAUAAUCCACUUGAGUAUGUGUCCUUUCUUGUAGAUUGGGCAUAUGAGAUCAACCAACCAGCUGUUGGGCAAUUCUAAAUCCUCCCAUUUAUUUGCAUAAAUGUUGUGGUUUGAUUGACCUAGCUUCUCGCUUCCAUACUUGAGAACCGGGUAUUCAGAUGGUAACACUAGUUUACAAAACGAAAGUCGUGAACUUCUGUCAACGACCAAAAUUUUUGAAGCACAAUUUAGCGCUGAUUCCGAAACCGUGCUUCAAAAUUCUUUAAGUAGAACAGUUUUUGAGUUUUAGCUUAAUAUUGAGUUUUAUAACUUUUUAAAACAUGGAAUCAACUAAAAUUAAAAGUUUUGUUAGACCAAUUUUAAAUCUUUUUCCAUAAAUUAGGAGCUGCAUAUAAUACCAUUCGAUCAUCUGAAUGCAGGUUUUGCGUCAGAUUGAUAAAAUUCAAGACAUUGGCGAGUUUUAGGGACAAUCUCCUUAAAAUCUCCAAAAAUGUGUGAAGAAAUGUAUUUUUUUUUUCAAUAAGAAAAAAACAAUUUAAAAAUUCUAUCUCAACGUUUAUUUGACAUAUCAUAUGCAGGCGAGUUACAGUAAAAAAUUCAGCUCAAUUGGAGCAUUGAUUACGGAGAAUGAGAUGUGUGAAGUAAGCGAUUUUGCUUAAAUUAGAUAGAACAAAAAUCGAUUUCAAAUCAUCAACUUUGUAUGGAAAGUCGAAAAAAUUUCCGCUCUACUGUAAUUUUUUUCCUUCGCGUUUUCGAACUACACCAAAAAUGAUCAUCAGCUUACCGAGUUCAAAAAUGCUGUAAACUAGUGUUAUCAAAUCCUGUUAACUUCCAAGACUGCUCCGGGUGCAGUCGGGAUUCGUAGGAUCGGAACCGUAAGUUGUGUCUUAUCACCUUCGUAGCACCCAAAAGUAACAUUUUUUAGUCGGAUAGACUAUAGAGUAGGCCUGUCCAGCUUUUCAAAAAUGUUCUCUGAUUCUCAAGUCCACCCCCAUAUUUUGAUUGGCAUCCUAAAAGAAGUAACUGGUCAAAAUUUCAGCCAAAUCCAUUGAAAUUAAGAGGUGCAUCAAAUCAAUUUUGUGUUUUUCGACUAUUUUUGAACUUCAAAAAAUCAUAACUACUCUAAAACAUGUCAAAACCUCAUUCCUUCGGCAGAAAUUGAAAGCUAUACUUGUCUGCUACAACUUCUCCGAACAACGUGUGCCAAUAAAAUUGAAGGAAACAUGUGUAAUUAUCACAUUUGUAAUCAGAAAAACCUUAAAAAGUUGAUUUUUUGAUAAAUUUCGUUCUGGAACACCCUAAUAUACUUAAAAAGUUGGAUUUUUCAAAACGGCAUCAUAUUCUCCAAUGUUUUUUGGUUAUUUGCUUCUUUGACACCAAUGCUGUAGGAGUUGAGCAAAAAUUACUAAAAUUCGUGAAAGUCAAAUGUGGCCUAAAAACUAGCUUUUUGGAGGCAAUCACGUUGUGGCGCGAAAUUGUACUGAACGUAGUAGCUUUGCUUCCUAGUAGUUUGCCUUGGCUACCCCCUACCACGGGUGAUAACAAACAAGCGCGAUGACAGGUGUUGGCUAUCAUAUCAGUGCUGACCAGGGAAUGAAAUUAUCAGCAAAUUGAGACGAAAAACAGCGUUUUUCGAGCAACCGAUUUUUUCUGUUUUUACUUUUCCUGUGAGAAAUGUUUAUCGAUCGUUGCUGUUUGUCCCCGAUCAAAGAUAGCCGAAAACUGGAAAUCGCUCUUUUCAUUUUCGCUAUCCAACUUUAUCGCCUGCAAAGUUAUCGCGAUAAUUAUCAGAAGGCAAAUAACAAAAAUUUGCCGCUAACGGGAUUCGAACCUAGACCCUCCACAAAAAUGUGUAUGAGCGCGCACCAUAACCACACGACCACAUAAGCUGCUCGAGAGGGAACUGAAAUUUUAUACAUAAAAGCUACAGUCGUUGACGACGGCACUACGGAGAGGCGAACUAAGAGCAGAAAGCAAACCAGUCAACUUUUCAUUGCGGAUGAUAAUCGAUUUUCGGCGCUGCGGAACUAGCGAAAACACAUUCUCGGGAGAAGCCCGGGUCUGAAUUUAUCGCACGUCUUUUUUCGCCGAUAAUGCGUGUGAGAGAGUUUUCUACAAUCGCGAUCAUGAUCGAUAAUUUCAUUCCCUGGUGCUGACGCGAUGCCACUUUUAGCGCGCCAAAGCGUGAUUGCAGCUGGACAGGCCUACUAUAGAGGGUUCUUAGAACCACCAUAAAACAAAAAUAAAAUGUAUAUGAUACAUGACGGUUCCAAUAACCUCUACAAGACAAAUUGAUCACCAAAAUGGUACUUGGGACGGUUGCCUUGUCAAACAGCAAGUGGUUGGCCGCUGCAGCUACUGGUGGUUCUUACUCAUUUAACUACGUACUGCGAUCUGGUAGAUUUUCUGAUACGUCUAACGGUUCUUUCUGACGCAUCAUCCGUAGGUUGAUCCGUCGUUGAUCGACCUUUCACGAAAUCUGGUAUUCACUGUGCUCAGAAGCACCUGAAACCAGGAUCUACAGGAACUCACGCUGCUGCUUCGCUAUCUUGUAUCUUGUACACCGAAUUUGACAGGUGAAUCCAUCUGUAAUUAUCACAGUUUAGUGUGUGCCUUUUUUUGUAAAUUGGGCGUUUGAAGCCAUUCGACUGGCUGGUGAGCAAUCCGUCAGAAAUCAUCCGUUUUUCUAAAAAAAAAAAUAGAAAUAUGCUAGAACAUUUGUUUUAUCAUAUGCGUUUAUUUCCGUCACAUUAGGAGGUAGGAGGUAGGAGGUAGACUACACAACUACUACACAAAAGCACUGGACAACAAAAAAAAAUCUUCUACAUUUCACGUUUAACCCUCGAGUGAUCGCGCUGUUGUAUUUUGUACAACACGAUGAAAAAAUCUCGCUUUUUGUACUCAGCAUUAACGUGGUGCUGACGCAGGUAGUCAACCGCGCGAGUUACGGAGGGUUAAAUUGCACUCCUCUUACGAGUCGACGUUUUCUUUCCAAAUAACACACGCCGAAGUAAAUUGAUCUAAAGUAGUAACAGUUAGUAUUGCGACAUUUGCACCCAUUUAGACUGGGUUCGAUUUUAUUAUUAUCACAGUUGAAUUCCGCAUGCGACUUUGCAGCGGCUAGGAUAUGCAAGUUCGGUUGCGUUCACGACAGGGGCGUCGGAUGCACAACAGUUAAACAAAAUAAGUAUGAUUAGUGUGAACUGUCGCUGAAAAAUGAUGAUUCAUUGAAUUCUCAAAUUAUCGGAAUGGUCUAAACAUUUAUGAGAAGCCCAGUAUACUAAGUCAUCGUUCAAUUUUUACUCCGCACGAUUCACUUUUUGAACAGGUCAUAAACUCAUACCCCACACCCCCAAAAGCUGUGAGCUAUUUCAAGGUUUGUUUUCACUGCUGUUGAAUAAACCAAAGACUGAACAGUUAUUGACAAAAAUUACUUUCCCCGACGGUUAAACAUAAACAAAGCAUUUAACUUCGUGCUAGAGAUAAUUUAAACAAAUAGGUAUGCAUGUCAACUUAUGCAUAUAAAAUAUCUUCUCCCACAACAAUGCCGAGAAAGAAUUCUUCUUCUUGCACUAUGGUGGCGCACCAUGAUCAAGUUGACAAAUAGUUAUCUGAAAUGAUUCAAUUGUUUCGAACGUGUUCCAUUUAUGCUGUGCUAAUGUGAACCGUGUUCAUGUUUACAACCUAGAAGGUGUUUGAACACAGUGAACCGUGUAGCUAAUAGCAACAGAUUUGCAACGUGUGGUCUCAUUCGAUAAUCUUUGUUGAAACGCGCUUGUCGAUCGAGAGUCACUCGGAGCUUAGUCCUAGAAACCUUCUCGAAGACUUGAAGAAUUUUACAAGAUUUUUGCGUUAGAUGUGAAAAACCUGCAAGGCAUUCGAAAUGAUUGGAUACAGCUUUUAUAUCCUUCAAAAGAAGAAUAUCAAAGAUGUGACAAGUCCAAAGCUUGUGCAGUCUCUCCGCUGUGUGGUCCAAUGAUCACCCGUAUUUAUACUACCUUAGGUAGACACAAUGAAUCAUACCUAGACAUUUAGGUACUGUAAUGAACAGUAUUUUAUGUAGGUAGAUAUCCUGUGCACACAACCAUUAGGUAGACACUACAACAGCAAGGACUGAUCGUUUAUUAGAGACUUCCACCCACUUUUCAGCCACCUCUAAACAUAUAGGGUCCAUUACACCGGGUCGAGCUUCAGCCAGUAAUAAAGUGAUGAUCCGGAAGAACUUUCACCUAGUCUGGUUGAUGCCCAUCGAAUACACGGUACGGUCAAGAAAUCCAACUCGACUCGUUUAUGACCAAGUGUAAUGAGGGCAGUCAGCCAUCUUGCACUCCACAUUUAAGGACAUACUUGUUAGAAUCCCAAAACGGCCGCCACAAUGGCCGACUUUGGCACCUACUCACGAUUUCGAGCGCACAAAUCUCUUCGUAAACAAAACCAGAGCAUCUGAUCUUCUCAUUUAAAGCUAAUUACAAAUGAGCCAGAACAGAAUUUCAAAAUACACUGUUGUUUGAAUCUUGCUUCUUGAGAUUUGUGCGUCCGAAGUUCGUAUGCACUGUUGAAGCGGGAUUUCAUGACGUUUGUCCUUAAAGCAUGGGAACUUAUUGACCUCCGGAAAUUUCACUCACACUCAUCGAACCAGAAGGAAUUGGGAAUGACUGCGAUGCAAUUUCAAGCACGACGUCGUUGAACACCAUCCAUUUGGGUAACAAACUAUUUGACUCAAGAUCUGAACUUUUUAAUGUUGGACCAUCAUUCCGAGACCUAAAUUGUUUUCAAAAUUGUGAACAUGCACGAAUAUUUCUGCCACGCUCACUGAACAUGAGCGUUCAAAAUGCAUCCUAAACAUUGAAAAACAAACCUGUUGCUGAUCUGGCGAUACUGGAGUAACAACUACAGGCGGUAAUUUAGGUUCUUAAGCUUAUUUUAUUUGCUCUAAAGAUCAAUGGUCUGUGAAGUAUCGAUCUUACGCAAGCCUGUUUGAACAUAUCUCCGCAGUUGAUCUAGGAAAAAGUUGUUCCAAAGUGACAAUUUUCCAGUGGUCUCGAUUGCGAAUUUACUACUUAAAAUCAGUUUAGUCAUCGCAAAUAUCCAUGCCCUAGUAGACUUUAAACUACAUUCAAUAAUUUGAAAAUUUCUAUUGGCCGCGGGCUUAAGACAGACCUUUUUCCCCUCCGUAGAGACUACGUACGCAGUCCUUAAACGGCCCAGCGCAUUCUAUGCAGCUUCGUCUGAAAACCUUGCUCCAUCGUAACCUUCCAUAACUUCUUACAACACGUAAUGACAUUCAUACAAAAUUUCACUUCACAAAUGGAAAUGUGAGAAAAAAAAACAAGAGACAGUGCAGAUAACAUCUCUUAAUUCGUUUUUUAUCAUAAGAAGUUUAAGCUGCUGAUUGGUCUGUUAUGUUUAGGUUCUUCUUGCAAAACCUAGAAUCUUGUUUGCUUUUUCAUACACUAAGUGUACCGGAAAGUCUAUAUAUUCACUCUAAAACGAUUUUUCUAUUGAAAAUUCGGCGGUUUAAGAUGAUGUCUUUUUGUGUGUGUAUGUAUGUAUGUAUGAGUGUAUGUAUGUAUGUAUGUACUCACUUUUAAGGAACUUCCCAUCGGACAAAUUUACGCAUUUUAGCAUGAACCAAACCAAAAUUUUACCGCAUUAUCUGUUUUAAAUAAAAUGAGUUAAAGUCCCUUUGAGGCAACAAAACUCACGAACGACAGGACCGAUCAGGAUGACUCUUGCACGGUACGAUUCGUAUUCAAGGUGCCUGUGUUUAUAAGUAGUAAAAGUUGUGAAAAUAAUCUAAAAAAGUAAGAAAAUUGUUAAAAACUUGAUUUUUUUGAACGGGGAAGAAAAACAACACGAUCGCAAUAAAACCGAUCUAGAGUGCCGUGCUGCAAUGAACCCAACAGUUGUCAAACCACCACAUCUAGGCAAGACAAAGUUUGCCGGGCCAGCUAGUCUGUUAUAAACAAUGGUCCGAAUCGGUCAAAGCUGUCCGGGCUUAUGGUCAUUUUAGUGAUCCGGACCAACACCGGUGGAAUUGGUCAUAAAUAAAGUGGAACCAAAUCCCAUCAUGCGACACUUUUUGCAAGGUUGACGAAUUUUGAGUGGAAAGCAUCAAUGGAAACCAGAAAAUGCACUACGUCGAUCCAAAAUUCAAGAUGGCGACCUUAAAUAUAAAAAAAUGCAGUCCAGAAUUAUCAAUUGCGACUGUUUUAUGAAGUGUUGGGUUCUAAAAACAUGCAUUACUGGUACCGUAAUCUGGGGGGAAGUUGAUCACUUUUGCUCUAUUCUUUUGAAUAAAAUCAAGUACAAUGCACAUGACUCCAAACAAAUAUUUUUAAAACAUGUACUGAGUGGACCUGUUUCAAUUUCCGUAAACGAAAUUCUUACAAGAAAUUGCUAAAUUUUAUAAAAAUUGCUCAAAUGGCCGAAUUUGAAAACUUUCAAUCCGGGGUGAAGUUGACCAACCAAUGACAUAAUAUACUAAGAAUAGAAAAUUAUUGAACAAACUAAAUUUGAUGAUGCUGAAUCUGAAUAAGUUUUUAAAAUUCUUACAACUGGUGUAAUUUGUAUGUUAAAAAUAAAAUAAAGUUUAGUAAGUUACAGAUUGACCCACAUUAAACGCCUAAUGGAAUGCAAUUACCUUUAAAAAUCGUCUUACUUUCGCAAAAACAUGCUUUUAUCAAAUAAAACUUAUAUGUUAACAUCGAUUUUAGCUCAAAGCUAUGUUCAAUAAGCCUCCCAUGGAUAAAUAAAAGUGUUUUAAAAGUGAAUCAUCUGAUAAACAAGGCGUUGCCGGGAGACGAUUACGGUAUAUUUGGAUGGAAGAUGUCCGGGGUCCAAACCAGAAUUGGCAACCCUAAAUUCCAUAUGGUGGUCUGUAAUUCUACAUGGCGGCUGUUUUAAGGAGUUUUGAGCUCUAAAAUCAUGCAAUAUCGGUAUAUUGGGAUGGAAAAGCUGUCCGGAGUUCAGAAAUGGUGAACAGAAUACCUAUACAAGUUGCAGGCCUAAAAUCCAAAAUGGUGGCCCACAAUUCAAGAUGGCGGCUGUUUUAAGAACAUGCUCGUUAGAAUCUCAAGAUGGCCGAUUUUUUACCCAUUAACGAUUUAAAGUGCACAAAUUUCAUGGAAAUCUAAACCAGUACCAGUGCGCCGGCUGUUUUUAUUUUAAGUUUGUCUCGAGUUAGCAAUAGUAAAAUAAAUACUAAACUAUGAAGUAUUUGAUUCUAAUGUGCAAUAUGGGUAUAUUUUGUAUAUAAGAAAGAUGUCCGUAGUCCAAGAAUGGUGAUCAGCAAAUCCAAGAUGGUGUCUUAAGAUUCAAGAUUAGCAGUGCAGAAAUCAAAAAUGUGUUCAUUUUAGAAUUAAAAUGCUAUUACUUAAUUUCUUAGGAUAACUGUAAUAUCUUUGCGGGAUACCUUAUAAUAGUAAUGACAUAACUCCGACCAGUUGUUGCCGGACCAGUUUCUGGGAUUUUUUUUUACUGAAUACCGUGAUUUCGCGUGAAAUUGAUCAGUGGGUGAAAUUGUUCGACGUCAGGACAAUUUUUGUUUGUCAAAAAUAAAACUUUGAACCUAGAACAAUUUGUAGAAAAUUACCAUCAUCUAGUUCAAGGGUUAUUGAAUGAUGAGUUUACAUGUUUAACAGCUAAUGAGUCACAUAUUUCUGCAUUAAAUUUGGCAAAUUUCAAGGACACUUUCAAACUUUUGUUACCGUAGCAGUAUCGCACAUGGAAUAAAUAUUCGAAUGAAUGUUUAUAGCUGCCAAGUGUUCGCUAAACCUGGUUCCGUCUUCAAAAGUUCUAUAAAUAUUGAUAUUUAUGCAUAAAAUUGUACUUUUUCUAAAGUGAUGGCUUAAUUAAUAUGUAAAUUCCAUACUUUUUGGCGUUUUGUUUAUAUGUAUUAAACUUAAAAUUUAAACAAUUAAGAAUUUACUAAACUUGUAUAAGUUUUCCAAAGCUUUUCGCAUCCUGUGGUGGUUAAUUCAGAUGGAAAAUUUAUUUUCAGCACUCACAAAGACAGUUUACUGAUUAAUCAAUUUCACCCCGAAACUAAAAUUUCUGAUUUUUCAUUUUAAGCGAUAUUUAUUGCAAUAAAAUGAUUUGCAGUAAAAGUUUCAACCUCGUUGACUGAUGAAACCUGUGGUCGUACUUGUUUUAAAGCAUUGAGUUUGACCAUAUCGAUAAGUAUUCAAAAAUUAGAAGCCAUAAGGGCCUGUCCAUAAACUACGUAGACCCUUAGGGAGGGACGGUGGGAUCUGGCCAAAGUCUACGCUCCAUACAAACUUCGAAAAUUAUGUAUGGACAAAUGUCUACGAGGGGGGAGGGGGGUCUGAGAUGGCCAAAAAUGAGUCUACGUAGUUUAUGGACAGCGCCUAAACUGUGAAAAGUGAUCAUUUUCACCCGAAAUCACGGUACUGUAUUUUUUAUAAGUGUGAAUAGACAGAGAUCUGCACCCCUGGGAUUCUAGAUUUAUAAGUCCGGUUCUGCUCGUCAUUUAUCAAGAAUUUGUUGCGUAAUUAACAUUUGAUUAGUCAUUUAUCGAACAUACAAAAGUGGUGUCAGGAAGAGUACUUGGCCAUUGGUACGCUGAAUUCUUUGGAUUUUGGCUUAUUGUAGCCCACGAACAGCAAUCGUUAAAUGUAUCUCGAUCGACCCGAUUGACAUAUGACUUUCAUAACAGUUAUAGUUUAGUUUACAUUCCCAACUUUACCCCAUACGCAAAUUCACCAGUUGUUCAAUGCUAAUUAUUUAUCGCAAGUCCCAUUAGUCAACAAACUGUGUGUGUGUGUGUGUGUGUGAUCCAACUAACACCCACUGUCCGGCAGUGAUAUUAUGGAAGAAAGAUUUCUGCAAUAUCAUUUUGAUACUACUGCAAAAAGCUUUAAUCCGGGAGUUAGAAGGUGAUAGCUCUAUUGCAGAUUCAGAGACCCAUUUCAGAAUGGCUGGAGAGACACGUCCAUUCAGAAGUCACUUUCACUUACAAUAAGCCCCGCAUGUGUGCAUUACCGUUAUCAAUUGGAUAAUGAUAAUGCAAACACACUUCCUGAUUCAAAAAUAGUCUUCGAAUCUGGCACGUAUUUAGUUCAAUUUUUUGUAAUUAAUAACGAUAAUCAGAACUUUCUCACCGGAUUCCAUCAAAGGUAGCGCUGCCAUCACCGCACGGGAACGUCUUCACAGCGCAGCUAAGCUUGCUCGGCAUGCUCCUCGUCUCACCUCCAUCGUGCAUUCUGUCAUCAUUAGAACACACGUCACUUGACCUCUGACAGAACUUAUUAUGAAAAUGAGACCACAAUUUGAUUCACUGGCAUCUCUGAUCCCAAAAUCAUAUUCACAUACACGCGCAUUCUUCUUUCGCAUUUUUUUUUUUUUGACAAAAACGACGACGACGGCGACGAACAUGAAUCGCAUCAACGAAUACAACAAAACAUUAAUAAGAACUUGCCGCCCGUGAAAUUUAGGAUGAACCAGUUCCAAACUAUGCUAACCACCCUAACUUUCCCACGGUCUAGAUUCUAGAUGAUCAAAUCAAAGCCGUUCACUAUUUUGGUCACUCCAGUCCCUUUUACCGAAACGCGGAACAUCUUAUUUCAGUGGCAGCUAUCAUGUCACGCAUCUUUUCAUCAUCAUUCAAGCACGUCUCGACUACUACACUUCUAUGUGUGCAGCAUGUAUCAUCAUUUAACCAAAGUGUUGCAUAGUAAUCCUCGACGCGACACUUCACUUUGCUUCGACGCAACGAACAGUGAAACAUAUUUCUGACACGCUGCCGACCGCCGACGACGCCCGCACUUGCUGCUACAUUUUUUACUGCCCAGCACUACACAUACUUGCACAAGACUUGCACACUCAAAUCACAUUUCAUCUACCACCACAACCACCCCGUCAUGGCACAACAUUCCACGCCACAAAAAAAAUGUUGAGAGCAUGAAAAGAACCAAAAGAAAACUCUGAAUUUUGAGGCAGGAAUCAGUUCCUUCACUAAAUUUUCACUAUUCCUAACACGAAAUCCCCUUAGGGCACUCAAUUAUCAAACAUUUACUAAUUAACCGCGCGUAAAAUAUACGAAAGUUGAUGAAAAAUCAGGAACGAUAAAUCCACUACACUUUCACAGGCAGGGUUGCCACCUCAUCAGUCCCAUUAGUCAACAAACUGUGUAUUGAAAAUAAUCAAUGACUGAUUAUGAAAAUAAAUAAAUCUUAAACGGUUCAAAUAAAUGAGCCUACCUUUCAUACCCCGGUACGAACAACCUACAACAAAAGAAGCUGAUGGAUCUCCACAACCGCGAAGCCAGGCCACUAUGUAGGUACAUAUAGCUGCUGUAAGAGAGCGGCUGGCCGGAUCGUGGAGUUCUCCGCAACCGAAGAGGAAGGGGAAAAUUAUUCUCUUCCCGCACGUUUUGAGGCUCCUCUACCUACACCGGCCUGGCACUAGCGUUUAUUGUGUGGCUUAGCUGUCCGGUUGGUGCCUCCGAGAUAGAUCUAAAUCUACAUCUCUUCUUGAGCGGGAGGCUGCGCUGGUUGAUUUCAAUCUCCAUCCACGACGGUGUGGUCACCUCGCCCGUCGCAAUGCUGAGCUUCGAACUUCGAAGAUCUGACCGGUGGUGGUGGUUGUUGUUGGCGUGCGUGACGUCUUCUCCGACGAGGUUCGAUCCGGCCUAGCCAUGGGGCUACGAUAAUAGUUACAGACAGGCAGAAGAGAUCCAUCGUUCGCUCGCGUGUGCUGGCAUCGUGGUGUGAGAAGCGCGCACAUCCCAGGAUGACGGCAGGCUAAGGGAAGAAUUCCUCUAAUAGGCGGUGGCGCGAGAAAGGCAAACUGGUUUCCGAUUCUUGGUAUUUUUGGCUAUUGAUGUUCAAUUUAGAUUCUUUUUUCUCUCUUUUUUGCUUCUAAUAAUAACGAUUAUCUAGGUGGUAAUCGGAAUAAAAUGAGGCGCUGGCACGUAGACAAAAAAAGGUCAAUCGAAAGUGAAUCGGAAGAUAGCGUUUUGGGGAAGGUGGUUGAUUGAGAUGAAAUUAAUAUUUUGGCUGGGAAGGGAUGGAACGUAUUUGGGAAAGUGGGGUGCCAAAUUAGUGCGAUGAAUGUUUGCGGAAGUGAAGACUAAUUGGAGCUAAAUUAGGUACAAUAAUAUUGGUUUAGUGACGGCAUUGGCGAUGGUGAAGACGGUUAACAAAAAACUUUUAAAUAUAGAAAGUAAACCCCCAAACGAGAAACAUUACAAUUUUUAAGUUUUAUGGACAAAAUGUGUUAUCAUUCAUAGAUUUGAAAUAAUCAUCUGCAAAUGAUCUUAACUGAUUGUGGUAACAUCUCUAAUUGAACAGAAGCUGUUCUCUUCGCCCAACAUGUUCGAAGAAGGAAUUCUGGUCUUGGAAAGAUUUUCAGUUGAAUUUGACGAGAGAGUCAUUCAGCUUCGAAUGCUACAUCUAUUUUGCGGUUCAUAUACAAAUCAACUUAUACAGAACAGAUUUUUUAUAGUAUUUGAAUAUGCACAUUAUAUAGCGUCAUUGGCAAGCAUAAUAAUAAGCUAUUCUGGGAAAGAUUAGAAAUUGUUCAUCUAAGAAGACGCUCGAACCCCUGUUGUCUUUGUAUUGCUAAUAUGAUACUAAAUUCACUCUAAGGUCUUACCGAAGUUCUCUGGUUGCUUUGCCUUUGCCUUCAAGGUAUAUCUCCACCAAAGCACUACAAUGAGACUUCAUUACCCAACAAUUAACCCUAGAACCCCUGUAGCUCCUUCCGGAUUCCUAGAACUGCAAAGCAAAUAAUCCAGCAGAAAAUGACCAAAUGCACGUCCGACCAGCCAUUUCCUAAAGGUGUUGACUUGAAAUAUCCUCGGCCAUAAGUCAAAGCAGAACGCGCCCCACCACCAUGCAUGUGCCUGCCUAGUGGAUGAGGAACACCGAGGGCAACAUUCAGUAGUCCAGUCAUCGCAAUCACCCGCCAGUAUUAUUUUUCUCCCUGUCGCCGUCAUCGUCGUCCAUCGGUAUAAUUACUAUGUAUGGGUGCAUGACAUCCAGCCAGCCAGGGGGGACCCUUCGAGCCAUUUGCUUUGGCGCUAUAGUUACCUCUACGUUACAAAGGUACUGUGACUGGUACUACCGCAAUGACGCGCACCGUUUGGUGCCAUUUGCCGUUAGAUUGGUUUUGCGCUGCUUUGGCGACUGAUUGAUGAUCUCUAUUUAUUUUAUUAAUUACUGUUGCAACCCCUGCAGCGUCCAGUAGUGUCGGUCGGUGUGUGGUGUGGUGACCGUGGUGCUCCUACGCGCAACGGUCGUGUAGGUUCGGACUUUUUGUCACAUUUGUUGGGGGCAGGUGGGGAAUCGGUGUGAAAUGAGCCAACGCAUGAGAACAUGAGCAUGAGCAUAGAUUUCUGCACAAUUCGUAGUUGCUACUUCGUGAUGGACCAGAACAAUCGAAAUCGCACAGGGAAUCAACAAAUGGAUUUUGGGAGCAGUUAAUCGUUCUUAAUAUGCACCUUUUGGAGAAUUCCAAAAUUUAUUAAGUCAAUAACAGUACCAGGCUCGUCUUUACGGUCAUCGAGGAAGGGAAGGAAUGUUAGUAUGGCUGACAUUGCUUACUAGAGACCUAGUAGACCACCCUCAGCGCGAACCCUCUGGGGCAUUUCCAGAAAGAAGUACGAAAAACACCAAGAGAAAUCCAGUUGUUUUUCAGAAGGAUUUUUGGAUCAGAGGAUUUUGGAAUUCUCAGGAUUCCUGCUGGAUUCCUAGAAGGAUCACUUGGAGGAAAAGCAGUAAGAAAUCCUGUAGUAAUUUCAAAUAAGAUUACAGAAAGAAUCCAGAAAAAGCGUUUGUUGGAAAGCAAGAUCGAAAUUUAAGAAGAAACUCCUACACGAAUACUAAGACGAAUUCGUACAGGAGCUCCUGGAGAAAUUCUUGUACGAAUCCCAAAAGGAUUUCCUGAAAGAAUGCCAGAAAGAAUGUCCUUUGACCCAUCAGGACGUGCCCCUGUCUGGCCCUAAAACUGCACCGCGCUCGCGCUGCAUACGCCAAGCGAGGUUUUCUGGUAGUGUUGUACUUUGUACUUUUUACAAAGGCGAGUGUCCCGAAGGGUUAAAGAAUCCCAGGAGGAAACUCCUGAUGAAACCCAAAAAAAAAAACCUUUUGGAAAAAAAAUUAUCGGGGGAUCGAGGAAUUCCUUCUCUCGAUAAAUAUAAAAAUACCAUCUGGAUACCAUCAAAAAAUCUUGCUGGAGAUUCCCUCAUGAUGUUUUUUCUACUGCAGAUGGCACAUAGGAUGUUUUCUGUGGAUUCCUACAGAUUUUUUCAUCGAUUUUUCUAGGAGUCUUCUUGUCUAACAUCUAGGAAUAUCUCUAAAAACUCCUGAAGGAAUCCCGAAAGAAACUUCUCGAAGAUUGCCGUAAGGAACUUCUGCAUCCUAGAAGAAAUUUCUGAAAGAAUCCUAACAAACAGUCCUGGAGAAAUUUCUGAAGGAUUUUUAGAAAGAACUUUUGCAAUAUUCUCAAAACUUACCUUCUAAAGGAUUCUCACAAAAUAAGAAUGAACUUUUGUAGGAUUCUCAGAAAAUCCUUAGGAAUUCUUAUAACGAAUACCUGAAAUAGUUAAUGGAUUUUUAAAAGGUACUCCUGGAGGAUUUCCAGAAGCUGCUUCUUAUGAACCCUAGCGAAAACACUUGGAGCAUUUCUAGGGAGAAGUACGAUGUGAAGAAUUAGCUUAAGUUAACAUCCACAAAAAAAAGAAAUAAAAAUAAAAAAAAGUGCGAAAAAAUCCCAGAAGAACUCCUGGAAAUAUCCAGAAGAAGCUCCUGGAUGGUUGCCGAAAGAAACUACUAGAGUAUUCUCAGAUGCAACUCCUGGUAGAUUCCUAGUAAGAUCUUUUGGAGGUAACGCAGUAAGAAAUCCUGAAAAAAAAAAUCAUCAUAGAAGAUCAUAGAGAGAAUACAGCAAAAGCUUAUGGAAGAAUUCUAGGCCGACAAAACUCCAGGACGAAUAAUAAGAAAAACAUCUGGAGGAAUCCUAGAAGUUCCUCAUAGAGAAAAUCGUGUACGAGAGAACAUUUUAUGUAAUCCCAAAUGCAGCUCUCAGAGGAAUUUCAAGAGAAUAUCUUGGUUGAAACCCAGAUUGAGUUCCAACUCUUUGUGGAACUCCUGAAGCAAUUCGAAUAUUUGAAGAGGAAUAUCAUGAUUAGAAGGAACUCCUGGAGAAAUUCCAGGGGUCAACAAUCUUUUCUUUAAAAACUUUUCAUCGAAUUCCGAGAGAUAACCAAGUGGAAUGGUAUAAGAUAAUCUAUAAGAAUCCUAGACAUAUUCUUGGAAGAAUUUCUUGGGGAAACCUAAAAGAAAUUGCAUAGGAAAAUUCUUAAGGAUUACCACAUUUUCAGCAUAAACUUCUGGAGGAUUCCCAGAAAUAGUUCCUGGGAGAUUUACACAACAAAUGCCUGAAAUUACUGAAGGACUUGCAAAAGGAACUCCAGGAGAAAUUCCAGAACGAAUUUCUGGAGAAUUCCCAGCAAAAAUCUUUGGAGCAUUUCUUGAGAGAAGUACGGGAAGAUCCCCAGAAGAAACUUCAGGAAAUUUUCAAAAUGAGCUCCUGGAGGAGUCUCAGACGCAACUCCUGGUGGGUUUCUAGAAGGAUCUUUUGGAGGAACAGCAGUGAGAAAUCCUGGCAAAAUUCCGAUUUUAAAGAGAAUCCAACAAAGGCCUUUGGAAGAAUUCUAAAUUGAAAUUUCAGAAGAAACUUCAGCACGAAUACUAAGAAGAACUCCUGCAGCAAUCCCAGAAGCACCCCAUUGAGAAAUUCGUGUAUAAGUUCCAGAAAUAAAAACUGGAAGAAUCACAGAAGGAACUUUUUUGAUGAAUCCCAGAAGGAAUUCCGGAUGAAAUCCCGAAAACGAUGGUCACAUAAAUAAAUAUUUUCAAACCAAGAAAUCCUGAAGGAAUUUGGGAAGGAUAAGCUGCAGUUGAAGUUCAUAAAUAAAAAGAAAGUAAAAUAAAAAUCCUGCAGGAAUCCCAAAAAGACCUCCUGAAGAAAUUCGUGUUUGAGUCCCAGAAGGAAUUCCUGGCAGAUUGCCAGAAGUAACUCAGAAAAAAAAACUUCCCUAGAAAUUACCUAGAAAAAAAAAAUCUUUUGGUGGAAAUGUAGUCGGGGAAAUCUGCUUUCUAAGAUUUUCAGAAGGAAUUUCUAGAUUUCUAGAAGAAAUUCCCAGAUGAAUCCCAUUAAACAGUACUGAUGUCUUUAUGAACUUUCACACGACUUUUAUUAAGUACUCCUGCACGAGUCUCAAAGCGUUACCACAUUUACAGAAUAAACUUCCAGAUGAUUCACAGAAAUAAUUCCUCAAAAAUUUCCAUAAAGAGUAUCUGAAAUUGCUCAAAGAUUUUCCAAAAGUACAUAUUUCUUGAGGUUUUUCAGAAUAAUCCUUGUAUUCUAGCAAGAACCCUUGGAGAAUUUUCAAAGAGAAGUGCUGGAAAAUCCCCAGAAGAAAUUCCUGGAAAUUUCCUGGAAGGAGCUCCUAGACGAAAAGAAGCUAUUGGAGGAUUCUCAGAUGCAACUCUUGAUGGAUUCCAAGAACCUCUUGGAGGUAACACAGUAAAAAAUCCUGGAAAAAGGUUAUAAAGAGAAUCCAGAAAAAGCUUUUGUAAGAAUACAAUAUGGAAGUUUCAGAAGAAAUGUCUACACGUAAGCCAAGAAGAACUCCUGGAAUCCCUAUAGGAAGGAGAAGUAAUUUGAGGAGAAAUUUCAAAAACAAAAAAAUCUUCUGUUGCAUACUCUGAAGAAAACUUCAGAAAAACAUUUGAAAAACUUUCGGGGGGAAAAUCUUGGAGAAUCUCAAAAGCAAAUCUAGCAGGAAUUUCAAGAGAAAAAACUUUGAAAACCAGGAAUCUUCAGGGUACUUUAUUUAAGUGGGAAAAUCUGGAUUACUCGGGGAAUACUUGAAAACUCAGGGAAAUUUUGCAUCGAUAAUAAACGAACAACUGAGUCAUAUGAAUGAAAAAUGGUGAACUUCACUACUUGCAGAUAUACUUCUUCUGCUUUCUUCUUUAUGGCUCUACGUCCCCACUAGGACUGGGCCUGCCUCGCUUCAACUUAGUGUUCUUUGAACACUUCCACAGUUGUUAAUUGAAGGGCAUUUUUGCCCGCCAUUGCAUGAAUUUGUAUAUUGUGAGGCAAGCACAAUGACACACUAUGCCCAGGGAGUCGAGAAAAUUUGCCCGACCGGAACGGGAAUCGAACCCGCCGUCUCCGGAUUGGCGAUCCAUAGCCUUAACCACUAAUCUAACUGGAGACGCUACUUGUAGAUAUAUUCAGAGGAAAAAAAAACCCACAGCGUCUACUUCAUUAUUCAUUGGAAUAAAAAAGUUUUUGAAUGUCUAAUGUUUACAUCUCCCGAAUAUGCCCUUAUUCUACGUGUUUGUAGUGAGAACUGUUAAAACAAAUAUUUUCGCGUAAUGCUGAAGGUUCUUACUGAUAGUUUAUGGUUCUGUGAAGACGUUGAAGAUACUUCCGGAUGAUUAUUCUAAAAGCAAGCUAAAUCAAGAAAGAAUAUAAAUAACCAUGCUAUAGGAACCAAAGGAGGGUUCAUAGAUCUAGCAGAUAUUUCCGACAAGCCGGCAAUUCCGAUAAGAUGCAGCAAAAGCCUUCCAGGGUUCCUCCCAAGAUUUCUUUUGGGAUUCUUCUUCCAGUAUUUCUGAAUUUGGAACGAUUUCUCCUGAAGUUUUUCAGGAGAAUCCUAAAUAUUUUUUUCCAGAUUUUCUUCCCUAGGAUUUUCCAGUAUUGCUCCCAGAAUCCCUUGAGGAACUUUCUUCGAGAUCCUCCUGCGUUUUCCCCAAAUACAUCUUUGUUGAGUUUCUUUCAGGAUUUAUCCCGAAGUCUGCACAAAACUUUCUCCCAGAUGUUGCCGCAGAAUCUCUCCUGAAGUUCCUCUCAGAACUUGAAAACAUCACGCUAUUCCUUCCGGCGCUCCUCUUGGAACUUCUCCAGGAUAGAUUUCCGGGAAUACUCUCUGAUUUUUUACUUGAGUUAUGUCUAGGAUUUCCACCAGAGCUUUCCCAAGGAUUUGUUAAGGAGAUUUUUACGAAUUGGAAGAUGCUCCUUCCGUGAUUUCUUCCGAAGUUUCUGUAAUUCAAUUUAGGAAAUUCCGGAAUUUCCGUGAACUCUCUUCUAUAGUUUCUUCUGGGAUUUCAACAGGAUCUUCAGUCGGGAUAUUUGCUAAUGCGGGAUUCUUUUUUUUCGAAGUUUCACUUAAAAAUUUUCUCGGAGUUUCUACUGGUUAUCCUAGAAGAUUGCUCCCGGUGUUGGCCCAGGGUUGUCUCCUGAUGUUUUUUCCGGAUUGCCUUUUGGGACUUGCAGGAUGAGCUAUUAGGGUCUUCAAUUAGCCUAGUGAUUAAGGCUAUGGAUCACCAAUCCGGAGACGGUGGGUUCGAUUCCCGUUCCGAUCGGGAAAAUUUUCUCGACUCCUUGGGCAUAGCGUAUCAUUAUCCUUGCCUCACAAUAUACAAAUUCAUGCAAUUGCAGGAAAAGAAAGCCCUUCAAUUAAUAACUGUGGAAGUGCUCAAAGAACACUAACUUGAAGCGAGGCAGGCCAAGUCCCAGUGGGGACGUAGAGCCAUAAAGAAGAAGACGAGAAGGAUGAGCUAUUGCUGAUACUUUCCAUGAAGUUUCUUCCUUGGUUCCUUUCAAAUCUUUUCCUAGAUUUUUCCUCGUAGUUGUUUACAGGAUCUCUUACAGUGAUACUUCAGAGGUUUUUUAAAUUUUUCUCCGAACUAUUCCCAGAACCCAUUUCGGAGUCCCUAACGGAAGUUGUCCCGAGAUUCUGGAUGAACCUUCCGGAAUUUCUUGGGUGGUUGCUCCCGGAGUUGUUGCAGGUAAUUACCAGGAUUUUUUUCACUUACGACAAUUUCUGUAAGAAAUUACCGGAGAAAUAUAGCAUAACAUUUGAAAAUGGCCUUGAUGUUUUUUUUUGUAAACAAACGUGUUUCGGUCCCUACAGCCCAGCUGCAUCCAUCCACGAACACCAGCACCCUGCUCAGAGUGCCCGAAGAUUUCCCUUUCUGAUAAGGGAUUUGGAGGGAGUGGGUGUAUGCCGUCGUCGGGCCCUACAGCGACCGAAACAUGUUUGUUUAUAAAAAGCACUUAGACCCUUUUCACAUGUUUUGUUGGAAAUAUCCGAAAUAAAUCAGGUGAAAUUUUGCAUGAAACUCCGCAAGACCUAUUGGAGAAAUAUCAAGAGAAACUUCAGAAAAAAGAAUCCGAGGAAAAAUUGGGACGUCUCAGAAAAAAAAACACUGGGAGUGUACCCGAGAAGAAAUAUCAAGGAAAACCCCCGAGAAAAAUCCCGGAAGCAACUACGAGUGAAAUCCCGUGAGGAUAUCCUAUGUUCAUUUCGGAAACCUGUGUGGAAAAAGUCACUGCUGGGAUUUCUACAGGAUUUUCAUCCGGGAUAACACUUGAGAUUUCUCUCAGAGUUUCUCCCUGUUAUCUCAGAAGAUUGAGAAGAUUUUUCGAAAUUUCUUUGUGAUAUUUUCAAUUUGUUGGAAGACUUGCACCAAAUAUCUAAUCAGGAUUUGAAUGAAAAUACCUGACUAUUCUGAGUAGAAAUUUAAUCAGUUUUUCUCGAGAACUUCGAUUGAGAAUUUUAAUAAACUUUCUGGAAAAUCUGAAAGUAUAUUCUAAAGCUCCUCUACCUACAAUAUUUGUUCUCUGGUCUAGAUGCUUCAUUUGACCCACAUCUCCCGAACCACGCACGCACCCAAUUGGCCGUUGGCGAUCGAGCAGAUUGUGUGCAGGUAUGUCAAAGCCAGCGCGUGUAAAUUGCGCGUUUCCGUGGAAAAUUGUCGGCACCUUUCUAUGAUUGCUUGACCCCAGGUAAAGAAACAAAUUCAAGAAUCUUGAAUCAAGAUACCUAUCCAGCAUAGCUACUCCGCCGCAACGCAACGGUCGCACGUUUGACCGUCCAGGUCAGAUUCAAUAAACGAUAACUGCCCCAAAGUAGAGAUUUCGUUUACAUUAAAAGCCAAAUUAUUGCCUCGGAACGAUCGUUUUCGGACGCAAUCGAAAUACCUGAAAUGGGACAAGUUACCUUGACUAGGCGCUAGCUGGCGAAGAAGGUAGAAUCAAACGCGGGCUGAGUCAAUCCCCAAUGGUCGAUUCGGUUGCGAAUGGUAAUCAAGCCAUUAAUCUUCACGAUGUUCUCGCACUUUGUACCUAACCUAAGGUAGUACCAACCAGCAGCGCUUAGGGACCAUUCGAAGAAACGAUCAAUUUGAGGGUUCUGCCUCGCGAUAGUGGAAAUCCACUUUUCUCGGUUCGGUCGUAGUCACGUACGGUCGUAAAAAGAGUGUUGCCGUUUUCGAUUUGAAUGUUAUUCAACACCGGUCGUUGUCGUCGCCAUCGUCAGGUGGAAGAUAUUUCGGUGUGACACUCUGAUUGCGACACGUACCUCCCUAGAUGCGUGGGUUUCCACCUACACUUCCUAAUGGGUGGCAAAUUGACUGAAGUGCCUCCUGGUUGGCCCGUUGUGGUCGGCCUAAUGGAGCGGAUAUUGUUUAUGUUGCUGGGAUUUAUUUCAAUAAAGCCGGGAAGUCAUUUGGAGUCAUUAGCUGGUAUCGCAUGCUUCUUGGAAUUGGAAAUGGGUUGUUUAUUUGUUGACGAAUAGGUGUUGCGCAAUUUGGGAGAUUAUUUGGAAUAGUGUCUACAACAGAAUCGGAAGUGGUAUUUUAUAGUCGCGUUGACUCUUGUUAAACAUUGAAACCUGAAGUUUAUUAAUUCAAACAACUAACCAUUUUCCCAAAGGUAUUGGCUCAAAGAUCAACAUGACGUGUGCAUAAUCUCCAAAUAUACUUGCAGUGCCAGACACCACCAGCGAAAGGUCGAAAAGAGCGCAAAUCAAGUAGAAUAGUUAGUGCAAUGAAAUGAAUCUGCUGUUAUUGCCCAUGACGAAUUAGCUACUGAGUGCGCUUCUUUGUUGCUACACUCACUGACUACCCAUUUUAUUCGCCCCAUAAAAAUCUCAAGCAUUCCCAAACGAACAUUGACUGAAAUUAUUCACGCACUUAUUAACGUUUGCCACAGCUUGCCUCUCAAUUGCGAUCGUCGUGGUCCCAGUCGUCAGCCCACAGCUCAAAAAUACUAUAAAAUUCAAUUAAAGCCAAUCAACACAGUUUACUGCGCCCGAUCAAAGAUCACCACCACAAAGAACCCUCAAGGGGAGAAUUUUCAUUGCACUUUCAGUCCCUAACGAAUUCCACUCGAGUAUUAUCUGAAGGCGAACACACGCCCACUGCCUUUCUUAUCAGCGUGCCAGAAUUAGGAAAGUAUUUGCUUAGAGGAAAAUGGGGCAGUAAAAUCUUACCCAUUAAUCGAUAUCUGGGGCAAUUAAACAUCCAAUCAAACGACAUUACCGCUUGCCUAUCGCACAGAAAACUCCCGCAUGCGUAUCUAAUUCAUUCUCUCAAACUUGUCUAUGUGUUUUCCGAAUCGAUCCCAUGGUCAAAGAUGAGUCAUCACGGCAGAAGUCUUUCAAUUUACAGAAAGCAUCCGCAUAAAAAUAGCUCUAGCCCUUCGGUUUCACGCAGAUGAAUUAAAUGGUAAAAACAAGCACAAAUUGUCAUUGUUACAAAAAUACAAGGUUUUGUCUUAAGAAGUCAUAGAUGUAGUAACGUUCAUAGCAAAAAUUAAGAAAUACACCAUCAAGCACCAACAAUUCGAAAACAUCAAACAAUUUUAAUCACUUACUAGAUCCGUUACCAGCAAAGAAAAUCAAUUUUAGUGUUUACGACAUCAGAAUCAGUAACAAAGCUACACAAACACAAAAAGAGGGAGAUGUUUUAAAGACAGCAGUUUAAGGAAAUAUUUCAUCACCACUAGAUUACGUAACAUAUUUUCAAUAGAAAGUCUUAAGUGCAUAAAAAGAGCAAAACAAACACCGAAUGAAAGACAGCCGUUCACUGAAAAGAAAAAAGAUUAUUAAUCGUAAGAUUUUUGUGUUUGACAACGUGCAAUCUAGCGCGGGACAGACGUUUAUAAAUACUUGUAAAUGUGAAUGAAAAUAUAUAUUUUAAAUAUAUUGUAUAUUGUACAAAGUUGAAACUCGAUCUAGCAUGUAUCACUCAUAGGCAUUUGAAAAUAUUCUUUAUUUUAUGGCAAAACGUGCAUUUUAUAUGAGAAAGGAAAUUAUACUUUUUCGGAAAAUUAAAA